CUAAAACAUUAUGUGACAUCAUGAUCACGUUCAAGUAGGGCGUAUAAAAGGCCUUUGCGUUAUCUUGAUGCCCAUUCACGCAUUCAAAAAUGAACAUGAACAUUUCAAUAUUUAUGGUACUGGGGAUUUUGCACGGCUGUUUUUCAGUAAAUGCCGACUGCCCGAUUUGCAUGCAUGUUGGAUACAAGGUGACGAAUGUUCCACCGGAAUAUAUACAGCUCAUGAGUCAGAGUGUGUCACUUGUAGAACAGAUGAACACCUGUUCGAAAGACGGAAUCGAUAUGAACGUGUGUGGACCGGGGGACAUGUGUAAGAGUGAAUACUCUAUAUUUACGGCCAAGGGAUAUAAGAAUGUAAAUCCUGAUAUCGAAUUGACGAUGGAAAUUGUAACACGCGGAUGUCGUGAUAGGCCAAGAGAAUACGAAGCCGAAUGUAGUCCUCUUCACGACAUUUCGAAUCCAUUAUUACCGGGAUUCGAUAUCCUCUUCAAAAUGUACGACCACUUCAGCAUGAAAGGACAGAUAUGCACCAGUGAGCAGCCGCAUCAGUUCAACCUGCUCAUUCCGGAGAGUUACGUCACGACUGGCUCUGGAAAAAAUAGCGCUUCCUGUGUGUCGGCAAUUUUCGAGUACACGGUUCUCAAUGGACUGUUCCUGAUACUGUGUCUGAACUGAAAUCUAUCACGAGUUACACAUUUGAUCGAUUAUUGAUUUUUUUAUAAAGUUUAUAUAGCUCGAUGUCAUAUAUAACCAAUAUCGGCGCAUGUCGAGUAUUUUUUUAAUGAAAAUUUUUAUUCACACACAUUUGACUAUGUUUUAAAACUUUUUAACGACAUCGUUUUGAAGAGGUAAGUAUGAAAUUAGUAAUAAAAGUCACAAAGCGCU